GACAGCGCGGGAACGGCUGUAGCUCCGCGCAGCCGGGCUUCUCCGGUCUCCCAACGCCGAGGAGAGCUUGUAACAGGCGCUGGAGCUGGCCUGCCGCCGCCGCCGCGUCAGGGACGGCGCUGGAGUCCUCCGUUCCCCUCAGCCCCUGAGCUGAGGCCCCACACCAGAGUAGGGGGCAUCGCGGCACCCGUGCCCCGGCAUGGCGACACCGGACGCGGGGCUCCCUGGGGCUGAGGGCGUGGAGCCGGCGCCCUGGGCGCAGCUGGAGGCCCCCGCCCGCCUCCUGCUGCAGGCGCUGCAGGCGGGGCCUGAGGGGGCGCGGCGCGGCCUGGGGGUGCUCCGGACGCUGGGCAGCCGCGGCUGGGAGCCCUUCGACUGGGGUCGCUUGCUCGAGGCCCUGUGCCGGGAGGAGCCGGUCGUGCAGGGGCCUGACGGCCGUCUGGAGCUGAAACCACUGUUGCUGCGAUUGCCUCGGAUAUGCCAGAGGAACCUGAUGUCCCUGCUGAUGGCCGUUCGGCCAUCACUGCCAGAAAGUGGGCUCCUCUCUGUGCUGCAGAUUGCCCAGCAGGACCUAGCCCCUGACCCCGAUGCCUGGCUCCGUGCCCUGGGGGAAUUGCUGCGAAGGGAUCUGGGGGUGGGGACCUCCAUGGAGGGAGCUUCUCCACUGUCUGAAAAAUGCCAGAGACAGCUCCAAAGUCUGUGUAGGGGGCUGGGCCUGGGGGGCAGGAGGUUGAAAUCCCCCCAGGCUCCAGACCCUGAAGAAGAGGAGAACAGGGACUCCCAGCAGCCUGGGAAACGCAGAAAGGACUCAGAGGAAGAGACUGCCAGUCCUGAGGGGAAGAGGGUCCCCAAAAGAUUCCGGUGUUGGGAAGAGGAAGAUCAUGAGAAGGAGAGACCCGAACAUAAGUCACUGGAAUCCCUGGCAGGUGGAGGAAGUACAUCUCCUAUUAAGGACCAGCCUGUCAUGGGAGCUAAGACUGGCGAGGACGGUUCGAGUCUGGAGGAUGCUAAAGGUCUAGCUGAGAGUUUGGAGUUGCCCAAAGCUAUCCAGGGCCAGCUUCCCAGGCUGCAGCAGCUGCUGAAGACCUUGGAGGAGGGGUUAGAGGGAUUGGAGGAUGCCCCCCCAGUUGAGCUACAGCUUCUUCACGAAUGUAGUCCCAGCCAGCAGAUGGACUUGCUGUGUGCCCAGCUGCAGCUCCCCCAGCUCUCAGACCUCGGUGUCCUGCAGCUCUGCACCUGGCUGCUGACCCUUUCACCUGAUCUCAGCCUCAGCAAUGCUACCGUGCUGACCAGAAGCCUCUUUCUUGGACGGAUCCUCUCCUUGACUUCCUCAGCCUCCCGCCUGCUUACAACUGCCCUGACCUCCUUCUGUGCCAAAUAUACAUACCCUGUCUGCAGCGCCCUCCUUGACCCUGUGCUCCAGGCCCCAGGCACAGGUCCUGCUCAAACAGAGUUACUGUGUUGCCUUGUGAAGGCGAAGUCCCUGGAGCCAGAUGCACAGGUUCUAAUAUUGGGACAGAUCUUGGAACUGCCCUGGAAGGAGGAAACUUUCUUGGUGUUGCAGUCACUCCUAGAGCGGCAGAUAGAGUCUGGCUUUGUUGCCCUGGCCGAAGUGCAGUGGCACAAUCUUGGCUCACUGCAACCUCUGCCUACUGGAUUCAAGCAAUUCUUGUGCCUCAGCCACCCAAAUAACUGGGAUUACAGGCGUGCGCCACCACGCCGGCUAAUUUUUGUAUUUUUAGUAGAGACAGGGUUUCACCAUGACUUGAGGCCAGAACUUCUGGGCUCAAGUGAUCUGCCCUCCUUGACCUCCCAAAAGGCUGGGAUUAUAAGCGUGGACAUGACCCCUGAGAAGUUCAGUGUCUUCAUGGAGAAGCUCUGUAAAAAGGGGCUGGCAGCCACCACCUCCAUGGCCUAUGCCAAGCUCAUGCUGACAGUGAUGACCAAGUAUCAGGCUAACAUCACUGAGACCCAGAGGCUGGGCCUGGCUAUGGCCCUAGAACAUAACACCACCUUCCUGAGGAAGUCCCUGAAGGCUGCCUUGAAACAUUUGGGCCCCUGACCAUCCACCAAGGGACCACCCUCUUGGUGCUCCAUCACCAGCUUCCUGAAGGGCAUUUCUUUCUUCACCACCUUGUCUUGAGCCCUAGCUUGAGGAUAAAGGCUGAGCCUGGCCAUCCCAGAUUGCAACUGCCUCCCUGUUACAGGCUGCAUAAGGCAUAUUGGCUUCCCAACCAGCAGGGAGGCUCCUGGGCUAAGGGAGCUCAGCUAUAUUUUCUUUUUCAUUUAUUUUGUUUUUGAGAGAAGGUAUUGCUCUGUCAUCCAGGCUGGAGUGCAACCUCUGUCUCCCAGGCUCGAUCCUCCCAUGUCAGCCUCCCAAGUAGCUGGGACUACAUGCACAUGACACUAUGCCCAGCUAAUUUUUUUAUUUUGUAGAUAAUAUGCUGGUCAGGGCUGGUCUUGAACUCCUGAGCUCAAGUGAUCUUCCCGCCUUGGCACCCAAAGUGUUGAGAUUUACAGGUGUGAGCCACCACACCAGGCCAGAGCUAUAUUUCCAAAGGCUGCUGGCCCCAGGCACACUCCUCAUCAAUUCUCAGGCUGCAGGGACAAACUUUCCGAUAGGGCUCAGUAGGAUCAAGCCAACCCAGAGUGGACAUGGGAUGCUCCAGGAGGUCUGGGGUACCAGUGGGCUCAGAUGAAGCUCUUGUGCUCAUGUAUGUUAUGACCUGUGUUUUUGUUUCUGACUUGAAUAAUUUAUCAAUGGUGUUGAAUAAAAGCAAGUUCAAUAAUG